AUGAGUACCAGCACAAGCAAUGCGGUGCAUGCAAAUGGCCCGAAAGUCUCCAAUUUCGCUCGACUAGCCGACCGGCUCAAGGAUUCCAUGUCGACGAAGCGUGGCCCGAACCCGACUUCAUCGCGACGCUUCUCGACUCAACAUGACCUGGAAGAUGCGAAACAGAAUGAACACGUCACCCAAAGCCGUCGCAGCAGCAGCACACGAUACACAGAGAAAAUGCUACAUAGGCUCAUGCACACGACUCGACCCAGGAGCUCUACCCUUGUCCUCAACCACCUGCCCGUAGAAAUCCUGCAGAAUUGCUUCCUCCACCUGGAUCUCUUCACUCUCCUGCGCAUCCGACGCGUGUGCAAGCUCUGGCGGGACCUAGUACCGGGGGACUCGCCCAUGCUAGCUGAAGAACUGUUUCUCAAGCCGAGUUACAAUCUGCAUGCGUAUAGCUUUACUAUGGCGACGUUUGACUUUGAUUUUGAAAUCAAUGUGCGCCCGCUGCCGGAGCAAGGUCCGAAUCUGCGGGUGCAGAGUACGUACAUUGAUGGGCUGAGUCUGACGCGGCGCUGUCAGGGACUGAUCCGGACGAGUGGGGAGAUUAUCUUUCACCCUAUCAUCAUGGACUUUAAUCAUUACGUGCAGGGAGAUGGGGCGGGGAGGUCGAAGCUUGUUGUCAAGGGGAAAGAAGAAGAGUUGGGCGUCGGGUGGCAGAAUAUGUUGAUCUCUAUGCCGCCGUUGACGGAGCUGAGGAUUAGCCGCACGGUGGGGAGGAAGUCGAAGACAAUGUGUGUGCUGAAGUCGAAUGAGGGUGUUAGGCUUGGAGAAGUCUUUGAGACGCUGAGUGGGCCGCCAACCAUGAAGCUCUGGCAGCUUUGGCGCGAUUUGAAUCGGAUUCUGCUUCGGUACGCGGCUAAACGAGCAUCCAUCGCAAACGGUCUGCUCCCCGUAGAGAUUGUCCAGCACAUAUUCGCCUACCUCGACACACGGAGUCUAUACAAUUGUCACGAAGUAUGCCGCUUUUAG